GGCAGCUGACGUCACGCAAAUGGCGGACGUUGUAAACAGAGCCAACAGCUUCUCGGAGGCCAAAGUGAAACAUCUCUUAUUAAGAUGAAUAACGUAGAGUGUGAGCGUUUAGAUAGUCUGGAGGGCUGGGUGGCAGUUAAAAGCAACAUAUUCGAAGAAACUGAAACGUUUAAGUUGGGUUUUAUCGUACAGUGGAAUGUCAUCGAGUGUAAGUUCGCUGUCACCUGCCAUAACCGGACGUUACAACGGCAGAAACGCAAAGCCGAAGUUGCCGUCGGCGACUCUCAGAUGAGCUGGGCCGGACUCUUCUCCGUUAACGAUCUGAAACACAUCCACCAACAGUUUGCAUGUGUGGCGGACGUCCUGGGAGCCUGCUUUCCGGAUCUGUCCGAGUUUGAGGAGGGCAACAUUUGGGACUUGCUCUUCCUGAGUCGGAGGUCAGGUCCCGACGACGAUGAGAGAGAUUUUGACACACCGUGUAGGAAACUGGAAAAAUAUUUCAGCACGGCCAUCGACAUAUGCGGACGGAAAAUUGUUCUCGACACGUUGUUCAGCCAGGAUGAGCGGGAUGUCGACGAGUACUUUGAAAAUCUGCAGGAGUUCAGAAGGAAGACCAUGCAGGAGGAGAUGUCCAGGGCCAAGGGCCACCUGCGACAGAUGCUGCAGAGUCAUGGCGGCGCAGACAGAAUGGUUGUGCUGCUUAGUAUUUACGAGGAGGAGGAUGAGGCCUACCAGGACCUGGUCACUGUGGCCACCACCUUCUUCCAGUAUCUGCUGCAGCCUUUCAGGGACAUGAGAGAACUGGCCUGCCUCUAUAAGCUGGAGAUCCUGAAGUCUUUGGAGUUUGAGGACUUGGGUCCUAAGAGAAUUGCAGCUUUGGAGAAGGAGGCGGAGGAGUGGAGAACGAAAGCAGAAGAUGCAGUUGCCUCAAUUCAGGACAUCACUGUCACCUACUUUGCACAAACUUCAAAGGCUCUGGCUGGCAUGUUAAAACAAAUGGAGGAGGAUAAGUGUCGUUUCGGAGCUGCUGCCUGGGCGUCUGCAGCUCCCAGACUGGAAAAACUACGCUUCCUAUUGGCCAAAGAAACCCUGCAGCAUAUGAGAGCUACAGAGAUGUGCCUCAACCGCAAGAAAGACAGCAUCAGAGAGAAGCUGGGCAGCCUGUCUGACAGAGUCCAGAGCCAGAGAGCUGACUCUAGGUCUGCGUCUGACGAUGGCCAGCAGCAGGAGACAGUGGACCAGCUGGAGCUGCAGUUCUAUGAAACCCAACUAGAACUGUAUGACACCAAGUUUGAGAUCCUGAAGAAUGAGGAGCAGCUGCUGAUGGCUCAGAUAGACACAGUGCGACGGCAGAUUAAAGAACUGAAGGAGGAAGUGGUUUACUACGAUGUGUGCGAGGAUCCAGAGGAGCUGCAGAGUAUGGUCCACACAGGUGUCCAACAAGCAAACUCUCCAGCUGUCACUCAGCUCAAAAGACGCCUACAAACCUUGGAGACCAAGAGAGGCAACAUCUGUGCCCGGCGGGCUUAUCUCCGCAACAAAAAGGAUCAAUGCAUGGAUGCCCAAGAGCAGAAAAGGCUGGCUGCCGAGCAGAGCUCCUUAGUCUUCAACCAGCAUCAUCAGGUCCACCUGAAACGAGAGAAGAGGAAAGAGGAGGAGCAGAGAAGGAAACAGUGGGUGGACCAGGAGCGAGAGAAGACUCUGAGUAGAUUACGAUCCUUCAGAGAGAAGCGACAGGGCCAGUACAUCCUGAAAACUCCUCAGUCCAGGAUGUCUCCUACAGAAGUCCCGUGUCCCUCCCAGCCACUGUCCAUCAUUAGCCUCGGCCCUUCUCCCUCCUCUGAAGGACCCCCACCCUCCGUCCGUCCUGCACCCAGACGCAGUAAAGCGCCCAAGAAACAGCAGCCUAAAGACAUCCCCGUCCAAAUCUACUCUGCACCGCCACCUCCAACAACAAAUAUGCCCACUGCACCUCCUCCUCCUCCCCCUCCGCCCCCUCCACCACCACCACCUCCCCCACUACUGCCCCCUGCUUUACCUCCUCCACCUCCCCAAGCUUUCUCUGAGGACACACCUAUGGCUCUCAGUGAAAAAGAGGACCCCCCAUUCCCAGCCAAGAACAUGCUUAAACAAAAUAUAGGAACAAUGGAUGAAGUGUUGGCCUCACUGCAGCGGGGACAGAUUCAGCUGCGAAAGGUCCCCACUCCCAGGACAGUGCCCCCUGCUGCGGACCCAAGGAGCAGUCUGAUGUCUGCCAUCCGACAGGGAGUCACUCUGAGGAAGGUGGUUCCUGCACGUGCAGAGGUCCCAAGCAGCGCAGACAAUGAGCUGGAGCGCAGCAUCAAAGCCGCCAUGUUGAGGAUGAAGAAGGUGGCAGCCGACUCUGAUGAGGAGGACAGAGGAGACGACGAGACACAGAGCGUAGACUGGGACAGCUGAGAACACACAAACACACACACCUACACGUACAGAUGAACCUGUUCUCUUACAGUGUCCUUGCUCUGUUUUAUCCAGCUUAUGUUGCUGCCAAAAUUUUCACCAAAAGGCUUCUUCUUUGACAAGGACAGGAUUACGCCUCUUCUGACUUAAACAUUGCAGUUUGUUGAAGCUGUCACACAGUAAUCAUAUUUGUCUUUUUUUAAAUUGCCCUGAAAUUUUGAAAUACAUCCAAAACUGCUUAAAUCCAUCAAGCCAGCAAAUGGCAGAAUCAGGAUUUAGCCUCCUAUAAAGCAGUUGGUUUGCAGAAAUCCCAAACUGAGCGAAUCGUGUUGUGCUUCAACACUCAUUAAGGAGAAAAGCCAAGCAAUAGUACUGCAGUACAGUGUGUAAAUGAUUGAAUUUCUCCCAAGUCUGUGUGUGAAGGCCUUUUGUGCGACUGUCACACAGCAGGGGAAGCCUGUGCUGCAGGCAGAGACAACUACACUACACAAAUACUCAAUUGUCUCAUAUUGCUGUGUCUAAACUCAGCUACUUCCAUUAUUUUGAAUGUGAUUAAAUCUGAACAAUUGCUUUUUUUUGGUAACUUUUCCCCAGUAAGGGCUACAGCUAACUGACUUUUGUAGUUUUUGCAUUUUAUUACUAAACACAGUAAGAGAGUAUGUUCUAAAGUGCAGCAGUGUUAAUUAUUUACGGCCUAUGUCUAAAGUCUAUGUUAUUGUAUGUAUUAGAAGCUGUUUGAUGCACUGUCCUGUCCCUGUUUUUCUUUUUGUGUAAGAAAUGGGCGAAUGUGUUAGGCUUAAUUUCAGUGCAAUUUAAACAUGAUCGGUUAUUUCUUCCUCUCUGAUGCCAUAACAAAUGAAGUGAUAAAGAAGGAAUGCUAGAUUUAUGUUUUUUUAAACCAAUGUAUCCUUCUAAUGAUGGAAUUAUUCAUUUUAAAAAAGCGUGCUGAGAGGUUAUUGUUGUUACUGUGUAGGGCAAACGUUAUACUUAUGACCUUUGAACCUGUGACACAGAGCACUUGACUUACCUGAAAAAGACAAGGUUAUAAUGUAUUAUGCACAAAAGAUACAAUACUGUAUGUAUGGCGAACAGCAUUAAAUGGGUUACAGAAGGAAUUACUAAUUACUGCACUUUGUUUUGAAACAUCUGAUUCUGCAGAGAUAUGAAAUUUCCAGUGUGUUACAGACGAGCUGCGGGCUGAUGAUGGCUGGAACACACUUGUACUGCUGUGUUUUAAUAAUAAAGGGAGAAACAAACAAUCGUAAACAUGAA